GCCGGCACCAGUCGGUCGCGGUCCGCGUUCGGCGUAAGACGGCUCCGUUUUGGAUUACGUGCUUGCCCGCCGUUCGGUUGCCGGUCACCAGUGUUGCUUUUAAACCGGAGCUCGACUUCGAUGCAAAGCUGGAGAAAAGUAGGCACAACACAACUGAGAAGGCCUACAAGCACAUGGAUUCCUCCGUCUCUAGCAUCACUGCAUUUAGCCUGGCCGCAACAGCACGACUUGGUCGUGAUGCAGUUUGCAGCCGAACGCUAUUGUUUAAAGCACUCCGAAUUUUACCAAGCACGUAGAACAAACUCUUCGCGUAACAUAUUCCGGUUAGCCCAUGAGCUCUUCAUUGGAUGGAGGUAAACACGGAAUACCACCCACUUUGUGAUGACUGAAGCAGACGCUUUCGACGCGUCCACCGAGGACCCACCUCCCGGCCGCGAUGCAGCAGACAACGUCACUGCACUCCUAAGCAACGUCACCGACGCCGUGGCUACGGACGAAAUGAUGGGCCCUCGCUACCACAAGCGGGUCCGCAUAGUCAUCAUCGUCACCAUGAUCAUCCUGUCGGUGGUCGGCAACAGCGUCGUCUGCUGCAACCUCCUCGUGCAGCAGCGUCGCCGGCGAGUGUCCAAGGCGCGAGUGCUCUUCCUGAACCUGGCCAUAGCGGACCUUCUAGUGGCCUGCAUCACGAUGAUGUCGCAAGUGGUGUGGGAAGUGAUGGGCCGGCUGUGGAUCGCGGGCGACGCCUUCUGCCGCUUCUUCAAGUUUCUGCAGACGUUCGCGCUCGUCUCGUCCACCUACAUGCUUGUGGCCAUCGCUAUAGACAGGUACAUCGCCAUCGCCACGCCGCUGGCACCUAGCACGGAUCCGUGGAAGCUAGCUGCCCUGACGUGGUUGACUUCGUGCAUGCCGUCACUGCCGAACGUCUACGUUUUCCACAGCGUCGAAGUAGCACCCGGCAAGUGCUUCUGUGCAUCCAUCUUCUACGACCCUGACACGCCGCUCUACCACCGCCAGAUAUACAUGGGGUUUGUGUUCAUCACGGUGUUCGUCGUGCCACUGGUGCUCCUGAUUGCGUUCCACGCUGGAAUCCUGUGGGCCAUUUGGAAGCAUACUGCGAUCAACCGGCAUAUGGGCCGGCAAACCACUUCCUCGCUACCUCGAGCUAAGGUGAAGACGUUGAAAAUGACUGCCGUGGUGUUCGGCGCCUUCCUGGUGACCAACGUGCCGUACAUGGUGCAAGAGGCGAUCCUGGCCUUCGGAAACCCGGGCAUCCUGGACGCCAACCUGGUAGCUCUCUUCGGCGUGAUAUCGGCUUCCAACAGUGCCAUCAACCCGUACAUCUUCCUUUACUUCCAGCGGCCGCACGGAGACAUUGAGAACGGCGGUGGCUUUUGGCGGACCGCGGCUCGCAUGGUCCGCGACUCCCUCACGUGUCGCCUGCUCACCCGGUCCCGCGCGGGCUCUCAGAUGUCCACCGAUCCGGAGGACAAUUGCCCCCCGAUGCGCCAGUCGAAGAUGUCCGUGGCGAGAAACGGCAACCCGGCGGCCACAGACACUCCGCCGAACAUGAAGAGCCGCGCCACGUGCUGAAGGUGGUUGCCGUGCAACGCCGUUUUCCUGUGUCGGCGCUCUUGAGAAGUGUGGUUGCCUCAUGGCUCGCGUUAAACCGAAGCACGUAAAGUUGGGAAGCACGCUCCGAGCAGCCGAUAAACAGAAGAGCGAGAACUGGUGGUAUGGCCCCUCCCUUCUGUUUCCUCAUCUGGCAGGUCACGCUCAAUGUAAUUCUAAAUUUCCAAAUGAAUGCCGCGUGGUUCCUAACAACAAAGUGCUCCGGAGAAUACCAACCUGGAAGCGCGGCAAUUUGCACACUGUAACGUCGUUUGCAAGUUUUCAAGAGAAGGGGCAAACCAGCUUUUGGAGUCAUUGGGUUCUCCUUCAGUGAGUCGGAAAGUCUUGAGACGACGCCACAAGACAGAAGACGACAACAGAUAUUGCCGAGAUAGAGGCAUGCACUCGGGCACGGCACUGGCCAUGAGUUCCCACAACACUCAUUUCUAUUCCACCCCUGUAUUAUUUUUUUAACCCCUGCUAUAAGCAAAGGGGCGUGAACAGUGUAUGUGCGCUUCGGAUCCGCCGUUCCAGCGAGUGCACAGUGUGGUCUUCCGAGACGAGAAGUUCAGGCUUAGUACUUUUGGGGGGAAAGGCGCUCAGGUAUAUAUGAUUUA